AUGUGUUUCACACAUAUGUGCGAUUUAGAAUAUACAAUAAGUGUUGUCCGAUGGAUGUUGUCGGAAGGGAAAUCAUAUGAAAGUAUACGAAUAAGUCUACAAGAUGUACUACAAACAAGAGCGAUACAAGGAGUAGUUCAAUGUUUUCAAUGGAAGAAUGAUCAUCAGCUGAAAAACUGUGGUGUUAUCAGUGUAUGUGUCAAUAUAAUAACAUUGAGUAAUUAUUUUACAGCUCAAUGUAUGGCCGAUCGAGUAACGCUACCAAAAGUUAAUUUAGACUCAUUAGUAAAAGUUGAACAUCAACAAAUAAUCUUUAAACAUAAUUUUACAUAUUUAUGCAAAACUAGUUUAUGCAACAGCAAAGAAACUCACGCUGGUAUCAUUGAGAUUAUGUGGAAUCAAAUACAUAUGCUUAAAAUAUUUCAAUCUUAUAUAUUGACAUCGAAUCUUUCAAAUGAUCAAACGUCGAUAAUCUCAACAACUGUGGAACCGAUAAAAACAACAUUUGUCACGACGUCCCCCGACGUUACAACAGAAUCAACAAUAUCGAAAGCAUCAUCGAUCACGUCUUUUAUUAAACUCCUUGUCCUUUGGUUAACACUGAAUAUCGCAUUCAUUUGA